AUGCUCUUUUCAGCUCAGAUUCUCACAGCUCCUCACCUGACGGCGCUGUUGUGCUCGCCGCACCCGAGGCGCCGCCUCCAUGGGAAGCUUACUGCUGAGCGCAGCCUGAAAUGGCGGUCCACGUCCGCCGGCGCCUCGUCUUUCGCGGCGUCAGACGACUCCAUCUCGUCGGAUGAUAAGAACACCGCAGCGUUUUGUAUAAUCGAAGGUCCUGAGACGGUCCAGGAUUUUGCGAAAAUGGAAUUGCAGGAAAUUCAGGAUAAUAUUCGGGGUCGAAGGAAUAAGAUCUUUCUGCAAAUGGAGGAGGUUCGUAGGCUUAGAGUACGGCAAAGAAUUAAGAGCAAGGAGCUUGGAAUUAUAAACGAGGAGCAAGAGAAUGAGCUCCCGGAUUUCCCAUCGUUCAUACCAUUCUUGCCUCCUUUGAACUCAUCGAACCUGAAACAGUAUUAUGCCACUUGUUUUUCACUUAUGGGGGGAAUCAUGCUUUUUGGUGGACUUCUAGCACCAACCCUCGAGCUAAAGCUGGGAAUAGGAGGGACAUCAUAUGGUGAUUUCAUCAGCAGUAUGCACCUUCCAAUGCAAUUGAGUCAAGUGGAUCCAAUUGUGGCAUCUUUCUCGGGCGGAGCAGUUGGGGUAAUAUCUGCUUUGAUGGUGGUGGAGAUAAACAAUGUGAAGCAGCAGGAGCAAAAGAGAUGCAAGUAUUGUCAUGGCACAGGAUAUCUUGCUUGUGCUCGAUGUACAAGCACUGGAUCUGUUGUUCUUACUCAACCAGUUUCCACAUUAAAUGCUGACGAUCAGCCCCUGUCACUACCUAAGACAGAAAGGUGUUCGAAUUGCUCGGGAUCAGGAAAGGUCAUGUGCCCAACGUGUCUUUGCACGGGCAUGGCUAUGGCGAGUGAGCACGACCCAAGGUUUGAUCCGUUUGACUGA